AUGAUAGAAGACAGCAGCCGAGACUCAUCCAAGCGCACUAUUAAGAAAAACGAACCGCCCUUAAUCGAAGACUCCAACUGCUGUUUCAUAUCCCGACAAGAAGACACAAGACUGUUUUGCUGCAGGUGCGCCCACAAGCGUCGUGCCUCUCCUCUCACCUGCCUGGCAAUAUGUUUCCUAGUUUUAACUUACAAUCUCAUUGGAGGUUUUCUAUUUCUUGCUAUAGAAGGUAGAAACUCCAUAUCUGAAGAAACGUCUGUCGCAGCAUCCAAACCAAAUUUGAGUCAAGCGCAAAGUGGUGAUCUCCGUUCGAAAACGGUUGAGCGACUUUGGUCCAUAACUGAAGACCUCAAUAUUCUUUAUAAGGAAAAUUGGACAAAAUUAGCUGCUAAAGAGCUCAUGGACUUCCAAAGAGUUUUGUUGAAGUCAAUGAAAACUGGCGAUGCGCCGAGCUUAACAACACCUUACGACGCACUCGACUAUCGAUGGACUUUUGCUGGAAGCUUUCUUUACGCGCUCACACUCAUCACCACUAUUGGUCACGGGAGUGUAACUCCUAAAUCAUCUACGGGGAAGAUAGUAGCCAUGGUGUAUGCUUGCGUCGGUAUUCCUCUGAUAAUGCUGUAUCUGUCUACUAUCGGAGAAGCGCUCGCGAGGAGCUUCCGUGCUCUCUAUGCCAAGAUAUGUCCAGCACGCCUUAAAAGUGGCGAUUUUCAUUCCAAAGAAGAUUGCCUGAGUCGGUAUUCACUGUCCGGGGUCGAGUGUAAGCAAUUUGUCGAUUGCGAAGGAAAAGAGUUUUAUGAUCGACAGAAACGAACGCCGUUCCAAGCCGCUUUAAAUCUAGACAGUUUUAGUGGAGGAUACCACUGGACGUGCAGGGACCACACACGAGUGCCGAUUGUUCUAAGUUUAUUAUUAAUCGUUCUGUAUAUAGCUUUAGGUACAUUUGUAUUUCACACGACGGAAAGAUGGAACUUGGUAGAUGGAUGUUAUUUUUCUUUCUCUAGUCUCGCGACAAUAGGUUUUGGAAAUUUAAAACCUGGAUUACACGCGAGUACUGUGUCAGCGAAGGCGGAGGACAUUGCCAUAGGCGUGUGCUGUAUAUAUAUCCUAGUGGGAAUAGUUGUAGUAGCUAUGUGUUUUAAUCUGAUCCAAGAAGACUUGAGUGCCGCGUUGCGCGGUUUCACUGCGCUCUGCACCGGCAGCGCUAAAGCUCGCGCAGUGCAUAGCGUAGAAAAAUGCGAUGAAAAGAUUUCCAUGGCAGUAGUUUCC